CGUUGCGUAAUGUUGCCUUCCAUUCGUCAUUUACUCUGUCUGUCUCUUCUUCCGAUAUAACGUUAAGAAAGAAAAGCAAACCAUUCGCUUCUACUUCAAUCGGCCAAGAUGACACAUCUUCUAAUCUCCACCGCCUUCGUACGCCUCUUCUCGCGACAGCAAGCAAAAAGGGGGUGUCUCUGCAGCCGAUCUCGAAAGUUUAUUGGUCGCCAUUUCAUUUUGCAUUCAUGUUUUUGGCACGAGUUUUUUGAAGGAGACUCUUUGCAACUGCAACAUCAGAAGCUUCUGCUGCUGGGGCUGCAGCUGGUAGUAGAGUUAGGACUGCACAUAACCCUCUUGAGGAGUUCUUUGAGAUUGAUAGAAACCCAGAAGAGGACAAACCUGUUGUCUACGGGCGUAGCUGGAAGGCUUCAGAGCUACGUUUGA